GUGCACCGCAGCCACGGCAGUGUAUGCAGUCUUGUCGCAUCGCGUGGUGGUGAAUGGCCAUGAUCGUGGAAAUGUGAGUGUACUUGGACAAUACGUUGUAUAUUGAAUGAAAUGCGUCAGUGAGCUGGCGUUGCAGGUAGGCUGAAGUGUCAACUUGGAUUCUUCAUAUGAUCAGACGAUUAAAAGUAAGGAGUCAAGACACAAAAUACGUAAAGGUGUUUAGUGGUAAUCAGCAUAGCUGGAAGUGGUGACAGAUACACUCCGUACUUGUAACAGAUCUCGGUACUUCUUACUUUCGCCAGAGGCAGCUAUCGAACAGAGUCCGUCUUUGACGCUCGCUACACUCGCUUCGGUUGAUUCGCUUUUUGAAUCGGUGAGGAGGAUUCGCAGCAGGUAUGUCUCUGAAGCCAAGAGCUAUCAACUUUGAGCAAACCUGGGACAGGUUGUUGGAGACUGUUAAAGGAGUCAUUCAGCUUGGCAAUGUCAAGAGGAAAAUAUGGAAUGAUCGCUUCUCUGAUGUUUAUGCCUUAUGUGUUGCUUUCCCUGAGCCACACAGCAACCGGUUAUAUGAAGAAACAAAAAUUUUCUUAGAAGAACAUGUACAAGCAUUACACAAGGAUGCUAUCCAGGCCGGGGACAGUCUUCUGUUCAUUUAUCACAGACACUGGCAAAAGUUCAGCAGAGGAGCCAGCUAUUUAGAUCAGCUGUAUUCUUACUUAAACCAGCAGUUUAUCAAGAGGCAAAAAAUGAGUGAAGCAGACCGUACCUUUGGGUACUCAUUAGACACUGAUGAAGAGCAACUCAUGGACAUUGGUGAGUUAGCACUUGAUACAUGGAAGAGAUUAAUGAUAAGACCACUGAAGAAAAAUCUUCAUGAGUUGUUGCUUAGAGAAAUACACAGAGAUCGGUGUGGAGAAGACACCAAUCAGGCUGUACUUCAUAGUGUCAUUAACUCUCUUGUUGACGUGGAGCGCUACAGACAAAAAGAUCAAGUGCAGUUGUACCAAGAAUUGUUUGAGAGCAAGCUCAUUAGUGAGACUGGGGAAUACUACCGAAAAGAAUCAGCCAAUCUACUACAAAAGCACAACUGUUCACAAUACAUGGAAAAGGUGCUACAAAGACUACAAGAAGAAGACCUCAGAAGUCGGAAGUUUUUACAUCCCAGUUCUUACAACAAGAUAAUGCAUGAAUGUCAGUCAAGGAUGGUUGCUGAUCACAUGGUCUUCCUUCAUGGAGAAUGCAGGAAUAUGGUUCGCAAUGAACUACUGGCAGAUCUCUCAAGGAUGUACAAGUUGCUGAAAUCAGUAGCAAAUGGGCUUCACAUCAUGGUCAACGAUCUCCAAGAACACAUCAAACAAACAGGGUUACAAGCAGUUUCAAGUCUACAGGGUGAAAAUAUACACGCCCUCUUUGUGGAUGCAAUCUUGGCCUUGCACAGCAAGUACACUAAGAUGAUUUGUGAGACACUUGGAAAGGAUAAAGUCUUCACCAUGGCCUUGGAUAAGGCCUGUGCUGCCAUAGUAAACCACAGACCUCACCAAAGACAACCUUGUCGAUCACCUGAGCUGCUAGCCAAAUACUGUGACACAUUACUGAAGAAAAGUGCUAAAGGAGUUAGUGAGUCUGAAAUUGAUGACAAGUUACAACAAUCUAUCUUAGUCUUUAGAUACAUCGAUGAUAAGGAUGUCUUCCAACGGUUUUAUGCCCGCAUGUUAGCCAAAAGAUUGAUUCAUGGUUUGUCGACAUCAAUGGAUGCUGAAGAAUCCAUGAUCAACAAAUUAAAGCAAGCAUUUGGCUACGAGUUCACAAACAAGCUUCACAGGAUGUUUACAGACAUAGGAAUUAGUGAGGGACUCAAUGGCAAUUUCAACACAUUUUGCCAGACCAAGCAAGUGGAUCUUGGUGUCAACUUUUCUAUUUAUGUCUUAACAACGGGGUCCUGGCCUUUGGGGCAAUCAUCACUCACACCAUUUGCAAUACCGCAGGAGCUGGAACAAAGUGUUAGCAAGUUUGAAGAGUUCUACAGUGAGAAAUUUCCAGGCAGGAAGCUGACAUGGUUGCAUCACUUAUGCACAGGUGAACUGAAACUAAACUAUCUUAAGAAGAGCUACAUUGUGACUGCAACUACCUUUCAGAUGGCAGUGCUUCUGCUGUUCAACAGCCAGUCUUGUCUACGAUACAGUGAAUUGUUAGAAAACACACAACUUAGUGAAAAGGAACUACAGAAGACCAUUCAAUCAUUGCUAGAUGUCAAGCUAGUGGAAAGCCAGUCACAGGAUAACUUGGAAACCAGUGUUACAUGUAGCUACAUAUUAAAUAUGGGCUACAGUAAUAAAAGAACUAAAUUCAAGAUCACGACAGCUGUCCAGAAAGAUACACCACAGGAGGUUGAGCAGACACAUGUUGCUGUGGAUGAGGAUCGUAAGUUGUAUAUACAGGCUGCUAUUGUACGCAUCAUGAAAGCGAGGAAACAGCUCAAACAUAGUAUACUAAUUCAAGAGGUCAUAAGUCAAGCCAAGGCAAGGUUCUCUCCAAGUAUCAGCAUGAUCAAGAAGUGUAUAGAAAUCCUGAUAGACAAGCAGUACUUAGAACGCACAGCAGCCUCUGAUGAGUAUGCGUACAUUGCAUAGUUACACAUUACUUUCUACAUACUUGUGUACAUGGUUCAUUGAAGCCAAACUCUGUGAUUUUCUUAGGAUUGUACUGACUAGGGCUGUUAGCUGUACAGCAGGGGAUUUAGUCCAGCUUUGAAGGCAAAUCUGAAAAGCAGACUGACAAAAAUAUAUUCAAUUGUAAAAUUGAAUCUCUAUGUGAAAGAAAAAUUGGAUAAGAUGGGAGAUUAUUGGGGCUCACAUUCUGCAAAGAUUUAUUGUAAAAUUGCCAAUUUGUAGUCAAAUGAGAGCCAUAUCAGGGUAUUAUCAUUACAACAGUGUACUUUGUUAAAUGAGAAGGGUCUGGUCACUGUAAGACAAAAUGGUUCCAAACAGCUUUUUGUAUCAAAUUGGGGUCCUGCAUGGUUGCUGUUAAUGGCCUGGACCAAAGGCUUUCAUCUGCUGCAUCAAAUCUCACAAAAGCUUGUGCAUCUUCAGCAACAUUUGGUUCCAUAACCUGUGUAGUUGAGGUGUUUCCAUGGUGCUUAAGUUACAUAAUACAUAAAUUUGUGACUUUUUUUACAAGUUUUGAUUGAUUACUUUUUCUGGACUUUAAUAAGACCAUUAAUCAGUAAUCACUAACUUGAGGGGAAGGCUUCCCAGAACCCCAUCAUUUUAGCCCCUAGCUUCUGAGGCUCAUUUCUGUCACUGCAAAACUAAUGCUGUUGGAGUAACAAAUACUGUUGAAACCUAAAUAUCCAUUUCACUUGGUAAAAUGUAUUGUAUGUAAUUUAUAUGUGCAAUACAGACUGUUUAACUGGCAAAUACAUUGAUCCUAAUUGAAUUCCUGA